CGUGGAGACGCGUCCCCCACCUUUCCCGCAGCUUUCGCCCGUUUGACCAUUUCCAGCAAACCGAACAUGAAAACAUCAUUACAUGACGCAUGAGCAAUGCACAACGUAUUCCACAACCAACCGAUUGUGGAGAAUCUCCCAUUAAAGAUAAAUUGUAUACAAGCUUAUGAAAAUAAGGUUAUCGUCGGAACGGACCAUGGCUCUUUAUUACUGUACAGCAUUGAAGAGGACCCAGUGUUUACCAUAACACUGUCAGAAUCUCGAGUGAGCUCAUCUCGGAAGGGGAUUGACCAAUUGUGUCUUAUUCCUGGGACGGGAGACGUGGCUGUCCUAUCUGAUGGCGCUGUUACGGUCUAUGAGAUUGCAACUCUAGCCGUACGGACACAGAUACAAAAGGCAAAGGGAGUAACGCUCAUAGCGGCACCUGUAGCGGCGCAAUUUGGAGAGUCCGAAUCCCCUACUUCUGCGAAUUCGGAACUAGAGUCUCGAUUCUGUUUUGCUACGAAACGCAAAGUAUCGUUUAUCAAGUAUAAUGGAUCAGAUGUUGUAUUGGACAAGGAAGUGACCUUAUCGGAUCGCCCGAGGACUAUGCUUUGGCUUGGGCAACGUCUCUACAUUGGGUUCGCGAGAAGUCUUUCCUGUGUCGAUGUCACCACCGGUGCCGUGAAGGAUCUGUAUUCAUUCCGGACGUCGUUAACUGCCGCGUUGGGAUCAUUUGCACCAGUCAAAACGAGUAGUGUUUUAGUCACGCCUUUUUCCGGGGAUCGAGUACUUGCUACAAAAGACAAUACAACCCUUGCUCUUGACCAUAAUGGCCAAGUAUCGCAAGAUCUUCGUGUCGAGUGGUCCAGUGGACCAGAGGCUGUUGCUGUGUGGUCACCCUACUUAGUUGGUUUGUUUACGGGUCAUUUGGAGGUUCGAAGGACGCAAUCGAAUACUCUGGUCCAAACCAUUCCCCUUCCCAACGCCAAUAUGAUGAUUUUUGGCGCAUCCAUUUUGGUGGCGAGUCAAGCUUCGGUAUGGCGCCUUCUUCCUUUGGACUUUGAAGACCAGAUUGAACAGUUGGUGACCGCCGGUCAGUUCGCUGAAGCUAAAAAUCUCAUUGAAGAGUUGGACUUUCCCACAGAGGAAGACAAGACUGCGAACAUCAUUCGAGUUCGUGGCAUGUACGCUCACCACAUUUUCACUACCGAACACAAGUACCAGGAAGCUCUCUCCAUACUGAAGGAGCUCCAGGCCUCCCCAUUAGAUGUCAUCAACCUUUACCCCGACUUGUCACCGCCGGACCCAGAUGGGGGCACACCCGAACCCGCCGCGCCUUCAGACAAGAAGGCAAUGUACCUCCUGAUGAACUACCUAAGCGAACAACGUGCCGUCCUUGCAAAACUUCGACAGCAACAAGAAUACCUCGCUGGCAUGAAACAGGCAGAACCACCAGAUUCGGCGCUCCAAGCUCAAUAUCCUGUUUUAGCCGACACACUGUACCUAUCUGAAGUGGUGGAUACCACACUACUGAAAGUGUAUUUAAGUAUCAAUGAAGCCUUGGUAGGUUCCCUAUUGAGGGUACCAAAUGCAUGCAACGUGGAGGAAAGUGAGCAGCUUUUGCUGGAGCGGCAGAAAUAUGAUGAAUUAGUAGAUCUCUAUCGAGGGAAAGGACUACAUCGCAAUGCGCUCGAUUUCCUUAUGAGGAAAGCAUCUUCUCCAGAGUCUACUGCGGCCGAGGUUGAAAAGAUGGUCACGUAUUUGCAUGGAAUUAAUUUUGAGGAUAAUCUGGACCUCAUUUUGGAGUAUGCUGCGUGGAUUCUGAAGAGAGAUUCAGAAGAAGGUAUCAAGAUUUUCACUGAACACUAUGAUGAGGUCAGCCCAAAAGCCCGAAAGGGCAUCGUAAGCUUCUUGGAAACGAUAUCGGAAGACUUCGCCAUCAGAUAUUUGGAAUACCUUAUCCACGAUCUUCACGACCAUGAUGCUGAGCUGCACGACCAGCUGAUUUCAUGCUAUCUUUCGAAAUUGAAGCGAGACCUUUCCUCAAAGACUGGAUAUGAUGGGCCAAUGUUACCCAAGAGAUCUGGGGCGGAUAACACCGAAGACGGGAGGUCGUUUUGGACGCUGCGCAGAAAGUUGGCGGCGUUUUUGGAGGAAUCGCAAAAUUACCACGCGGAACAGGCACUUGCUAGCUUCCCUACUGAUGCCUUAUAUGAAGAACGUGCGAUGGUUCUUAGUAGACUCAAGAGACAUGAGGAAGCCUUGCGAAUAUAUAUUGAGAAAGUUCGAAAUUAUCACAUGGCAAAUGUCUACUGCGAAAAGCAUUAUGACCCGGAUGACCCUGAAUCUCAAGACGUAUUCCUCAUACUUUUGCAGCUGUACCUUAACAUGGUACAAGCUGGUGACUAUCCUUUAGCCGACGUUAUGACAUUCUUGGGAGUUUAUGGAGCAAGUAUGGAUGCAACAAAGGCAUUACCAAUGCUCCCGGGAACGAUCCAACUGAAGGCUCUGCUCGGAUACUUUCAACGUUGCUUGCAUGACAUGCAUCGUACGCGGAAUAUGAACGAAGUCGUAAAGAAUUUACUUAAAGCAGAAUGCCUACAAUUUCAAGAACGCCUAACGCAUUACUCAACCAAGCGCAUCCGUAUCACUGAUGAUCGAAUGUGCCCCAUUUGUCUUAAACGCAUCGCCAACAGCGUAUUCACAUGCUUCCCUAAUGGUGUUGUCACUCAUGCAUACUGUGCAGUAAAGAAAUAAAGGACAGUUGUUUGCCCCGUUACGUGUAAAUCGACGGGCCAGUGGGGCAUUUAUUCCCACCA